AUGAAUGGUGACCCGAAUCAGACUAGUACCAAGCUUCGUAAUGCAGCUGUAGAAGUUAUUAAAGAGAAGAAACGUCCCUUAGCAUCCCACAAGAUCGAAACUUGGAUUAGAGAGAAUGAUAAGCAACUUAGUGACCUCAUUUCUAGCAAAUGCUCUGACUAUGUUCGUAUCAUCUUAUCAGUUACCCAGGAUAACUGCAUUGUUAAGUAUAAAUCAUUGCAGCCCGUUCCUGGCGUUGACAAGAGAUCAACUUUCUAUGGUUUGGCUGACGCAAACUAUAGUCCAUCUGAAUGGACUCUCCUUGGCUCCAAGCCUAUAAAAAACAAGAAGGCCGCCCCAAAAAAAUUGCCGCCGCCCGUAAUCGUCCAGCCAAAACCGAUAGUCGCCCCACCAGUCAUUGAAUUCCCUGAUUUAGAAAAUACCUACUCUUCUGGCUACAACGAAGAACUCCUUGUUUUCGAUGACCUCAUGGAUGAGUUUCAUAUUGAAGGAAUCCAGCCUCAAAUUUUCCUCGAGAAUCUCUUUGAAUAA